CUCUCUUGUUUUCAUACUACAGCAUGAAAACACCUUCAGUGGUUUGGAGUAGCUUAGCUUUGGAACCUGUUUCUGAGUAGACUCGGGACCUCACAGAGCAACAAUGAAGUUCGUUCGGUUUAUCAUGAAAAACGCCGCCGUGGCCAGCGCGCCGCAACACAUCGAGCAUUUCUCGAAAUUCUCUCCUUCACCCCUCUCCAUGAAGCAGUUUCUCGAUUUCGGUUCCAUUAAUGCCUGUGAAAAGACGUCCUUUGCUUUUCUGAGGCAGGAGCUUCCAGUAAGGCUCUCAAAUAUCAUGAAGGAGAUUAACUUGCUCCCUGACAAACUGCUCACAACUCCAUCUGUGAAAAUGGUGCAGGGCUGGUAUGUCCAGAGUUUAAUGGAGCUCCUUGAGUUCCUGGACAAGAAUCCUGAUGAUCACAAAGUCCUUGGAGAGUUUGUUGAUACCUUAGUUACCAUCAGAAACAGACACAAUGAUGUGGUGCCCACCAUGGCCCAGGGUGUCAUAGAAUACAAAGAGGCCUUCCCCCAGGAUGUGGCCACCAACCAGAACAUCCAGUACUUUCUGGAUCGCUUCUACAUGAGCCGCAUCUCAAUCCGGAUGCUCAUCAACCAGCACACCCUGAUUUUUGACGGUACCACCAAUCCGGUUCACCCAAACACCAUUGGAAGCAUUGAUCCUCACUGUAAAGUUGGAGAUGUAGUCCAGGAUGCCUUCGGAAGUGCCAAGAUGCUUUGUGAUCAGUACUACCUCUGUGCCCCUGAUGUGAUACUUCAGGAGAUGAAUCUGAAGAAGACAAAUCAUCCAGUAACGAUUGUUUAUGUGCCAUCUCACCUUUAUCACAUGCUGUUUGAGCUCUUCAAGAAUGCUAUGAGGGCCACGAUAGAGACUCAUGAGAGCAGCAGGAACCUUCCACCUAUUAAAGUCAUGGUCUCUCUUGGGGAUGAAGAUUUGACGAUUAAGGUGAGCGACAAGGGUGGCGGUGUCCCAUUUCGUAGGAUUGAGAACCUUUUCAGCUACAUGUACUCUACUGCUCCGGCUCCACAAAUAGGAGACCAGAAACGGCCUCCACUGGCUGGCUUCGGCUACGGUCUGCCCAUUUCUCGUCUCUACGCCAAGUACUUCCAGGGGGACUUGCAGCUCUACUCCAUGGAGGGCUAUGGCACAGACGCUGUCAUCUACUUGAAGGCGCUGUCCACAGACUCCAUCGAAAGGCUGCCAGUGUACAACAAAACUGCUCUGAAGAACUACAAAAUGAGCCAAGAGGCUGACGACUGGUGUGUACCCAGCAAAGAGCCGCUAGAUCUGAGCAGCUAUAAGGUGACCAAGUGAAAACCUCUUCUGGGCAGUACAAUGAAGCCUCCAGAAUACGUCUUCAUAUCCCGUAUCAUCUUCUGCCAACAAGAUGGGAACCAGACUUUGUUUUUUUUCACUCUGAGAAUCCUCUUCAGACUAGAGCAGACAUAAGUAGCCUUUUUAAUUUCAGCCUGUUUUUUUUAGCAGUAGCUCGUUAAUGCUUUCUGCAUCCGUUAUCCUUUUCAUGAGAAAAUGCACACAUCAGAAAUGGCUACUAACAGGAAAUGCAUUACAAUCACCUCUCAGACUUUGGUGAAGUCGCUCCAGUGUUGCUGAACUACACUCGGUAUCGGUCGAGAGUGUGAGGUGACGUCCUCGAGGAAGAGACGGGCGGCCGGGGAUAAUGCAGCAUGUUGCGGGUGAUUUUAAAAACGUAGAUUAUGACUGAUUUCAUACAGUAAUGCUGUUGAAGACUUUUCUAUUAAAAGUCUUUACAGCUGUUUAAUAAGGGACAUGUGGAGGUGUUCAGUUAACAGGAAGCGCCUGUUGUUCAGCCUUAUCACAGCAAUUUCACCCAAAGGAUCACUUUAUUCGAAUACUUGAAGUAUUUAAACUAAUACUGGUGUUGCACAUUGUUACAUUUCUGCUGUACUGUAAUGCUGUUUCGUGUGUAAAUUUGAACAAAUGUUUGACUCUGAGCAAGUUUUGUGCAUGCAUUUCUUUUUUCUUUAAAAAAAAAUGUAAUCGCAGUAUUCCCACUAACAUCAGUUUUUUGUGGACCAGGCUGAAUGUAAUCCACUCUCUUUCUGGGUGUUGUUUUGCAUUAAUUGCAGUGAAAAGAACAGUACAUGAUAUAAUCUACAGGACACGCGGUUCUCUCUGACGUACAACAGUAAGCUACAGUAUCGUUUGCCUGCCUUGGUGGGUGGUUUAAUGCUUUGUGACAGUUCAAUGGAGGCAAUUGUUAUUAAACUUCAUCGGAUGUCGUGUUUAAACUCUCUACCAUCUUGUGAUCCAGCAAGGCAGGGGCAGAUCUUUUGUUGUAAUGUGCCAUAUGAGAACAAAAUGCCCUGUUGCAUAUGAACAGUUAUGUUUUGUUGUUGUUGUGUGUGUGUGUGUGUGUGUGUGUGUGUGUGUGUGUGUGUGUGUGUGUGUGUGUGUGUGUGUGUGUGUGUGUGUGUGUGUGUGUGUGUUGUUUUUUGUUUUUUUUUGUAAUGAUUUAAAUCCAUCUUAAUCAUACAGUAUGUACAGAAUUGUUUUUAUAGCUACACUUUUUUGCAGCUGAAAAUAUUGUAAAUACUGUAAAUGCGAUCCAAAUGACAAUAAAACAGCAAACAGUUUAAA